CUUCCGAUUUGUUUGCACAUGCGCAGAAAUUAACUUACACAGUAAUGGCGACAUGUGCUCAAAAUAUUUGUUGAUAAAAUGUUGUGCCAGUAUUCUUCCGUUACACUUGCUUUUGAGGUCUAAUUAAGUAUCGCAAAUAAAAUUGCUAUUUGUCCAGGCUAUUUUUAUACUCUACAGUAGUUGACACUUUAUAAAAUGACUUUGAAAAUAUGACAAACGAUUAGACAACGUGGCUGAAGUCUAAAAAAGUUGCGCAAGUGCAACAUAUUCUGCAGAAUAUGUUUUCUAUACUGUCGUUUUGAAUGCCAUAUUGUUAAGUGAGGAAACAUACCAAUAUGUAUUAACGAUUUGACAAACUGCCUUUGUUAGAAGGUAUCUCUGAUAAAGGCAAAAAUACUGUAUUGUUGAGAUUUUAUUUGCUAAUAGUUCUUGGUUUAAACAGACUGUUUGUUUGAUUCAUUUUUGAUAUUUAUUGAAAUUAACAAUAUGUCUACAGCAAUGACAUCUGUAUCCCAGGAUGAGACUGAAAAGUUUCAGUCUAAGGCUGUGAAUCCAAAUAUAUCGGAACAGGCACCCGUAGAAAAUGUAUGGGCCAAACGCACCCUUGAAAAAAAGUUAUCUGCUAAUACAAAUACAUUAGAUACUAAACAAAAAGCAGAUGAAACAGCAGAGGUGAAAGUGCCUCAAGGAAAAACAUCAGAUGAUGAGUUUCAAGAGGUGAAGAAUAGAAAAGAGAAAAAAGAUGAGCGCAAAGAUGACAAAAGUAGGAAAGUUGAAAAGAAAGACAAUGAUAAAAAAGAAACAGAAAAGAAAGAGAAAAAAGGUGAUAAAGAUGAGAAGAAAGAAGAAAUAGUGAAAAAAUUUGAUAAUGUGAACUAUGUUGAAGCACCAUUGCCAAAGACAAAUCCAUGGGGUGUAUCAAAGUCUUCUCCUGUUGUCCGAAGUCAAAGUUCAGAAGCAG